CAAAAGUUUGAAGGCAAAACAAACACAAUCACAUAAACAUAGAAAGAGAUGGAGAGUGUAGAGCACAGAAUAGUAGAAGUAAAUGGCAUUAAAAUGCAUGUUGCAGAGAAAGGAGAAGGUCCAGUGGUGUUGAUGUUGCACGGUUUCCCUGAGCUAUGGUACUCUUGGCGCCAUCAGAUUCUGGAUUUGAGCUCCAAGGGUUACCGUGCAGUGGCCCCUGAUCUUCGGGGCUACGGUGACACUGAAGCUCCAGAAUCAGUGACCAGCUACACCUGUUUUCACCUUGUGGGUGAUAUCAUUGCACUCAUUGACUCUCUAGGGGUGGACAAAGUGUACCUUGUCGGACAUGAUUGGGGUGCAAUCAUCGGUUGGUAUGUUUGCAUGUUCCGACCAGAAAGAGUCAAGGCCUAUGUUUGUCUUAGUGUUCCAUUCCGACCCUUCCUUGGAAGAGACCCCAAAAUCAACAACUAUGAUGCUUUUCAUGCCAAAUAUGGAGAUGACUACUAUGUGUGCAGAUUUCAGGUAAAAAUUAAUUCAAGAUUGAGUACUAUGGUACAACAAAAUUUUAGGAUAUAA